UAAUGUUGCUGACGAAACGGUAGUCGCUCGUUCAUGGGGAGAAAAAACAAUCGCUUCCGUGUUGUUAUCGGUUGUUAUUCUGGCAAAUACUCGUUUAGUACUAGAGUCAAAGCGGGAUUGCUAGGCAGUUAUUUGGUGGUUAAACCAUUAUGGUCUUGUAGGAUCAAUACAUAGUAUAGUUUUAUUUGCCAGAAUGUCGUUGCUACAUGGCUCCAAGAAAAAGGACAAGCGUAUUUUGUCCGGUACCUGCCCAGACCCGAAAUGUCAGGCGAGGCUAUUCUUCCCUGCUUACGGUUCGAUUAGCAUUGAAUGCACAGAGUGUGGCCAACGCCACGAACAAAAUAAUCUUUUAAAUGUGGAAGAAGUAACUGAUCCAGACGUUGUGCUUCACAAUUUGUUAAGAAAUGCCUUACUUGGUGUCACUGGUGCACCGAAAAAGGGAACAGAGCUGGUGAAAGUGAUGGGGCUUUCCAACUACCAUUGCAAGCUCCUUUCUCCUAUUCUCACAAGGUAUGGAAUGGAUAAGCAGACGGGAAAAGCGAAACUGCUGCGGGAAAUGAAUCAAGGAGAAAUGUUUGACUGUUCACUUCUAGGAGACAGGGCGUUUCUAAUUGAACAGGAGCAUGUAUCUACAGUUGGCUAUGGCAAGGACAGAUCCGGGAGCCUGAUAUACCUUCACGACACUUUGGAGGAGAUGAAGAAAGCAAACAGCAACAAAGAAUGCCUCAUUCCUGUUCAUGUGGAUGGAGAUGGACAUUGUCUUGUUCAUGCUGUGUCCAGGGCCCUGGUAGGCAGAGAACUGUUCUGGCAUGCCUUGAGAGAGAAUUUGAAACAACAUUUCAAACAAAACUUGGAUCGCUACAAGGCACUCUUUCAGGAUUUUAUUGAUGCAGCCGAAUGGGAGGACAUCAUCAACGAAUGUGACCCCCUGUUUAUCCCACCGGAGGGUGUGCCACUGGGACUUCGGAACAUUCACAUAUUCGGCUUGGCCAAUGUGUUGCACCGCCCCAUAAUUUUGUUAGAUUCACUGAGUGGAAUGAGGAGCUCUGGGGAUUACUCUGCAAGUUUUCUCCCAGGGCUUGUGCCGGAAGAGCAGUGCAAAGGAAAAGACGGGAAGUUUAACAAGCCUAUAUGCAUCGCCUGGAGUAGCUCAGGGCGUAACCACUACAUCCCCCUCGUCGGGAUAAAGAACACCCUUCUCCCCAAGCUGCCACCGAGGCUUCUCCCCAAGGCAUGGGGAGUGCCACAGGAGCUCAUCAAGAAGUAUAUAAAGCUGGAACAAGAUGGGAGCUGUGUCAUCGGGGGAGACAGGAGCUUACAAGACAAGUAUGUGAUGAGACUGGUCAAUGCCAUGGAGGAGAUCUUCAUGGAGAAGCAUGGAAUCCACCCCUCCCUGGUGGCAGACGUGCAUCAGUACGUUUACAGACGGACCGGUGUGAUCGGCGUCCAACCCGAAGAGGUGACGGAGGCUGCCAGGAAAUCAGUCAUGGAAAACCGGCUACAUCGCUGUCUGAUCUGCAAUGCACUCUCUGAGCUUCAUGUUCUACCUGAGUGGCUGGCUCCAGGUGGUAAGCUUUACAACCUGGCUAAAUCCACCCACGGGAAGCUCAGACCUGACAAGAACUACAGCUUCCCGCUGAACAAGGUUGUCUGCUGUUACGACCCUGAGAGGGACAUCCUCAUUCCUGACUACAAGCUGAGCUCUUUGAACACAUGCAACUGGUGCCACGGCACCUCCGUGCGCCACAUCCAUGGCAACGGCUCUGUGGUGUAUCUGGAUGGAGACAGAACCAACACCCGUUCCCAGGGGGGCAAAUGUGGCUGCGGCUUUAAGCACUACUGGGAGGGAAAGGAAUACGACAAUCUGCCAGAGGCUUUCCCCAUCACUCUGGAGUGGGGUGGGCGGGUUGUGCGGGAGACUGUGUACUGGUUCCAGUAUGAGGUUAAUGUGGACCUGAACAGCAACGUGUAUGAUGUCGCCAUGAAACUGGUCACCAAGCAUUUCCCUGGGGAGUUUGGCAGUGAGCUCCUAGUGCAGAAAGUGGUAAACACCAUUUUACAUCACACUGCCAAGAAGAAUCCAGACGAGUAUAACCCAGUCUCCAUUGACGGGGCGCAUGCUCAGAGGCUCACAGAUGUGGUGGAAACCCAGCAGGCUGUUGUUGACACACAGCCACCGACUAAGAUCAUACUAACUGGGCAGAAAUCAAAGACCAUUCACAAAGAGGAGCUUACAGUGAGUAAGGCAGAGCGGAGCCUUCAGCAGAGCAUCAGCGAGCAGGCCCUAGUGACCCAGAAGAGGAGGACGGAUCGACUGAAGCAGGAGCAGAAGGGACAGGGCAGGCCACCCUCCCCAAGUGCUGCUCAGGAACAUUCCUCCUCCUCCCCAGCCACACCCACCAAAUCGUCCUUCUCCCCCACUUCCAGCAAGGAGAAGAAGAUCCGUGUCACCACUAGCGACGGGCGGCAGGCCAUGCUCACUCUACAGGCUCAGACCACCUUCUCUGAGCUCCAGAGGAGCAUUGCUAAUGAGUUCACCAUGCCUCCAGCCCAGCAAUGUAUCCGACAUGGAUUCCCACCCAAAGAACUUUUCCCUCCCAAGGAUGGAGCAGAGAAUGAACCGGUGGCUCUCCAACAUGGGGACAGGGUGACUGUGGAGAUCCUGAGAGGUCCAGAGGACCGCAAGGCAUCCGCCCCAAGUGCUUCCAGUUCCCAUUCAACCCUGCAUUCCCUCCUCUCUGUGAAGAGUGAUGAUCCAGUGACUUCCAGCAGAAUGAAUACUAGCAGAGAGCUGCAGGACAACAUUGACCUUGAGAUGUCCUCCCUCUGUCUCCUAGCAACCUUAAUGGGAGAAGAUGUCUGGUCAUAUGCCAAAAAACUGCCUCACUUAUUCCACCAAGGUGGAGUUUUCUACAACAUUGUGAAGAAAGAUAUGGGCCUGAUGGAUGGCAAGCACUGCACCCUCCCACACCUGACUGGAAAGACGUUUGUUUACAACGCAGCAGAGGAGCGUCUGGAGCUGUGUGUGGAUGCAGCGGGACACUUUCCCGUGGGCCCUGACGUGGAGGACCUCGUCAAGGAGGCCCUGGUGCAGCUCCGCUCUGAAGCUGCCUCCAGGAGUCGCGAGGGAAGCCCCUCUCACAGCCUGCUGAAGCUCGGGAGUGGAGGUGUGGUGCGCAAGAAGGAGCAGCUCCAAAGUGUCAACGCCUUCCAGGGUAAGGGCCACUCCCUGGGCAGCGCCCCAGGCGGCUCUCCCCCUGAACACAAGCCCAUCACCCGCCAGCACAGCAGCGGGGUGGACCUGAGCGCCAGCGCCUCCAAGGGACCUGACCUGUCUGACAUCUCAGAGGACGCAACCAAGGAGUUGGUGCGCAUGGCUCCCGGUUUUGUCACCAUGAAAGACAGCCGACACCUGGACCCUAGUAUGAUCGAAGAACAGAGGAAAAAACUACAGGAGAUGGUCUCAUCCAUCCAGGCCUCCAUGGACAGGCACCUGAGGGAGCAGAGCAAUGCAGGGGCAGGCAUUGGGGGCCCUGCAGAGAGGACAAGUGGGGCUAAGAUGAGUGCUUCCCAAUCUGCCCCAGGGGCAGGCGUAAAGGAGGCCUCUUCUAUGGACGUAUCUACUACAGGUGCUCAUAGCACAUCACUGGAGGCAGGGAACAAGCCUGAUGGAAAGGAUGCAGGGUCAGAGGAGCUGGAGGAAAUGGAUAGCCAGGAUGCAGAGCAUACCAACGCCCUGGAGCCAAUGGAUCAUUCCUGAUGGGAAAAGGGCCUGGUCCUAUACUUUUCUCAGUCAUGAUCAUUCACCCCUCUAUCUGGUUGGCAUUAGUGUGGGAAUGCUUCAGGUUGUAUCCACGCUUUGGUAUUCAUUGUGUUGUGUUGUCUUUUACUGCAUGAUUGACAAGAGGUUGACUGUUUCUGCCUCUGGUGACAGUCUAAUGCUAUUAUACAGAAACAUGCACCGAGACCCAAGGAGCAACGCUGCUUCCUGUGUGUGAAAUACAUCCAUGUACAUGUCCUCCAUGUCUUAAAGGUCCAAUGCAGCUGUUUUUAUCUGAAUAUCAAAUCAUUUCUAGUUAACGAUUUCUAGUUAACAAUACCUUACUAACCAUGUUUCCAUUCACAGUUUUUAUGUGAGUAAAGUCAUACUGCAUUAAAAAAAAAAUAAUAAUCACAAUCGUUGUGGUGGAAAUGGGAGGUUUCCGGUACAAUUUUGUAAAUGACACAGAUAAUUUGUUCUUUCGACAUGGUGGGAUCUUUUUGUGUCGGUAAAAUUAAUUAUGCCAGAAAUGGCGGUGGAAACGCCUUUAUUCGUAAAUAUUGAUAUAAUAACCGUCAUAUCAAAGUAAAUUUAGAGUCAUGCGAUGACAUGGUGUGUGGUCCUCGACUCCUCCCGCUACAACUCGGGAAAUGAUGCAGUUAAUCAGGCUAUGGAUGAAAUAAGUUACGAUGAACUUCACAGGGUGGUGAAAGUGCACAGUGAUGAGCUUGACCUUCCUUUCCAAUAAAUGUAGAGGGUCUUAUUCUGGUGACAUGAUGAUCGAUGCUUGACUGCCGUUUGACAAAUAAAAAGAUUCUCUCUCUUAUUCAUAAUAAGCACAUCAUGUAGACUAACCGACACGCAGAUCCUACCUGCACUGCAUCUGCGAGCUGUUGGCUAGCGCGCACAUACCAAGACCAGAGUUGGCACGUUUGCUAUUUAAAGCAACAGUUAGUUUUGUCACAAUCUGUAGAGUUGAAAAUGCGAUGGAAACACAUUGAACGUUUAGAAUUUUUAUUCGGUACAUGAAAACAUAAACAACAAAGUAGAUGUUGUGUGCACUACAUCACUCACUGACCUUUAUCUGCAACAAGUCAUGGAAACCUAGCUACUGUGAUUGUUUUCAAUUCAAAUGGUCAACAAAAAACAAAUCACUUCUUAGGAAUUUCUCAAGCAAUAUUUUUGCAAGGAGUGGGGAAGGGGAAAACAGGAAACGAUCUGUUAUUGGCAGAGAGAUAUGAAACUCUUUCUUAUUGGUCUAUUAACUAAUUUACCACCUGGUGAUUUCACCAGGCAGGCCAAAACACCAUCCCACCAAAUCACUCUGAAGUUUUAGGUGGUCUUUUCAAACAGCUCAUACGCUAAAGGGGCAUUAUCAUUUUCACAAUUUCACAAGAUUAUUCCAACCUCAUAGUGUGGGAUUGUAUAUAAAACAGAGGAAAAUGUUGGACUGCACUGGGCCAUUAAGACAAGAGGGAGUUGAAGAGCUUGAGUUAAGAGCCUAUCCCACACUAGCAUUGUAAUGACCGCAAACAUCCGCUUCAGCAAAGUGCACACUGUAAAGGCAUUAGCCCUCAAACAUGAUAACCUACCAUCACAUUUAUUGCUUUACCAACAUACUUGCUUUACCAACACAUUGCUUUAAAACAACAGUGAAAUAUUCCAAAUUAAGUUUCUUUUCUGGAACGUUGCUCCCUAUAUGAAGGUUUGCUGUCUUAAUUCUUGAAGGAAGGUGAUGCGUGCCCUUAUGAUAAGUAACAAAAAUCAACAUUUGUUGUUGAAAAACCUUUUUUUAGUUUGGAUUUGUUUUUGGAAAAUUGUAUAAGAAUUUAAAGAUUGUUUAAAAUGUCAUUUAGAUUAAUGCCAUUUCAAGUGAAGCACUGUUCUGAAAAUAACUCAGUUUAUUGGUGGAAAUUGGUGAAUUUAUUUUUGCUGGUUUGUAGUGAUUGCGGAUAAUGCCUGUUGAUUCUUUUGGGUUCAAGGUUCAUGCUACUUACUGGUUUGAAGUUAUUUAUGCUACUUUUCAUAUUUCUCAUGAAACCCAAAUGAGUGGCCCAAGUUAAGUGUGCUGUACAAGUGCUGAACUACUUGAUGUGGAACUGUAUUCUAUUGGAAGGCCCAGCAUAACGGCAGGGUAGCCCAGUGGUCAGAGCGUUGGCCUCGUAACCGGAAGGUUGCAAGUUCAUACCCCCGAGCUGACAAGGUACAAAUCUGUCGUUCUGCCCCUGAACAGGCAGUUAACCCACUGUUCCUAGGCCGUCAUUGAAAAUAAGAAUUUGUUCUUAACUUUUUGGACUUUAGUGAAUGAUUGAAUGCAGUGCGGGAUAUUUUUUCAAAAUACAUCUCUAAAAUAAGACUUGAUUUGUGAAUUUCUUUACCAUAUACAGUGCCUUCGGAAAGUAUUCAGACCCCUUGACUUUUUCCACAUUCUAAAAUUGAUUAGUUUUUUUAUCUCCUCAAUCUACACAUAAUACCUAUAAUGACAAAGCAAAAACUGGCUUUUAGAAAUUUAUGAAGAUAAAAAAAAACGGAAAUAUCACAUUUACAUAAGUAUUCAGACCUUUCACUCAGUACUUUGUUGAAUCACCUUUGGUAGUGAUUACAACCUCGUGUCGUCUUGGGUAUGACGCUACAAGCUUGCCACAUCUGUAUUUGGGGAGUUUCUCCCAUUCUUCUCUGCAGAUCCUCUCAAGCUCUAUCAGGUUUGAUGGGGAGCGUUGCUGCACAGCUAUUUUCAGGUCUCUCCAGAGAUGUUCGAUCGGGUUCAAGUCCGGGCUCUGGCUGAGCAACUGAAGGACUUUCAGAGACUUGUCCUGAAGCCUCUCCUGUAUUGUCUUCACUGUGUGUUUAGGGUUGUUGUCUUGUUGGAAGGUGAACCUUCGCUCCAGUCUGAGGUCCUGAGCGCUCUGGAGCAAGUUUUCAUCAAGGAUCUCUCAGUACUUUGCUCCGUUCAUCUUUGCCUCGAUCCUGACUAGUCUCCCAGUCCCUGCCACUGAAAAACAUCCACACAGCAAGAUGCUGCCACCAUUAUGCUGCCACCACCAUGCCAGGUUUCCUCCAGCCGUGACGCUUUGCAUUCAGGUCAAAGAGUUCAAUCUUGGUUUCACCAGACCAGAGAAUCUUGUUUCUCAUGGUCUGAUAGUCUUGAGGUGCCUUUUGGCAAACUCCAAGUGGGCUGUCGUGCCUUUUACUGAAGAGUGGCUUCUGUCUGGCCACUACCAUAAAGGCCUAGUUGGUGCAGUGCUGCAGAGAUGGUUGUCCUUCUGGAAGGUUCUCCCAUCUCCACAGAGGAACUCUAGAGCUCUGUCGGUGACCAUCGAGUUCUUGGUCACCUGUCUGACGAAGGCCGUUCUUCCAUGGUUGUUCAGUUUGGCUGGGCGGCGAGGUCUAGAAAGAGUCUUGGUGGUUCCAAACCUCUUCCAUAUAAGAAUGAUGGAGGCCACUGUGUUCUUGGGGACUGUAAAUGCUGUAGACAUUUUUUGGUACCGUUCCCCAGAUCUGUUCCUCGACAAUUCUGCCUCGGAGCUCUAUGGACAAUUCCUUCAACCUCAUGGCUUGCUUUUUGCUCUGAUAUGCACAGUCAACUGUGGGACAUUAUAUAGACAGGGGUGUGCCUUUUCAAAUCAUGUCCAAUCAAUUGAAUUUACCACAGGUGGACUCCAAUCAAGUUGUAGAAACAAGUGGCCUUCCGGGUGGUGCAGUGGUCUAAGGCAGUGCAAGCUGUGCCACCAGAGACCCUGGGUUCGAGCCCAGGCUCUGUCACCCAUGGGGCGGCGCACAAUUGGCCCAGAGUCGUCCGGGUUAGGGAUGGUUUGGCUGGCAGGGAUAUCCUUGUCUUAUCGCGCACUAGGAACUCCUGUGGCGGGCCGCGCACAGCUCACGCUGACCAGGUCGCCAGGUGUACGGUGUUUCUUCCGGGUGCGGCUGGCUUCCGGGUUGGAUAGGCAUUGUGUCAAGAAGCAGUGCGGCUUGGUUGCGUUUCGGGGGACGCAUGGCUCUCGACCUUCGCCUCACCCGAGUCCGUACAGGAGUUGCAGCGAUGAGUUAAGACUGUAACUACUACCAAUUGGAUACCACAAAAUUGGGGGGUAAAAAAUUAGAUGAUCAAUGGAAACAGAAUGCACCUGAGUUCUAUUUUCGAGUCUCAAAGGGUCUGAAUACUUUUCCCGAUCGAACAUACUUCAGUUUUUUAUUUAUUUUUAUAAAUGUGCAAAAAAAAUGACAAAGUUUUCGCUUUGUGGGGUAUUGUGAAGAAAUUGAUUUAAACUCAGAAAAAAAGAAGUGUUCCUUUUUCAGGACCCUUUCUUUCAAAGAUCAUUUGUAAAAAUCCAAAUAACUUCACAGAUCUUGUGAAGUUUUGUUCAAUGCUUGUUCAAUGACCCAUAAACAAUUAAUGAACAUGCUCCUGUGUAAGACAGCUUAGGCAGUUAAGGUCACAGUUAUGAAAACUUAGGACACUAAAGAGGCCUUUCUACUAACUCUGAAAAACCCCAAAUGAAAAAUGACCAGGGUCCCUGCUCAUCUGCGUGAACGUGCCUUAGGCAUGCUGCAAGGAGGCAUGAGGACUGCAGAUGUGGCCAGGGCAAAUCUGGUGCAGUCCUUGAGGAGGAGAUGCCCUGCAGUACUUAAUGCAGCUGGUGACCACACCAGAUACUGACUGUUACUUUUGAUUUUGACCCCCCUUUGUUCAGGGACACAUUAUUCAAUUUCUGUUAGUCACAUGUCUGUGGAACUCGUUCAGUUUAUGUCUCAGUUGUUGAAUCUGAUGUUCAUACAAAUAUUUACACAUGUUAAGUUUGCUGAAAAUAAACGCAGUUGACAGUGA